CGAUCACGCCCAGCUAAGGAUGUUGCUUAGAUCUCCGGAGCAUCACCACUCAACCAGCUGGCUCGUUCUAUUUCUACAGUCAUCCUUUUCUCCAUCUAAGCUCAACUCCUCCUUCAACCGGGCUACCUAACAUUUAAUUCCAUUGACUUCUACUCACUUCGCCCUCUACGCAACAGAAAAUCUGCCUCUGUGUCGCCGACCGACUGUCGCGCCGUCAUUGCUUCCAUAGAGGAAGCUAUUCUACAUUCUUUCCUAGUUCUUUCAGAGUCUCUGGGUCACCAUGGACCGACUCAAUCGGAUGCUUCAGGCCGCCCAGGGCAUGGGUAUGGGAAGCGCGGCUCCAGGUGGUGACACCCCGAACCUGAUCGACAACUCCGAGACCGUACACAUUUCAUCACUAGCUUUGUUGAAGAUGUUAAGACAUGGUCGGGCAGGUGUGCCUAUGGAAGUCAUGGGCCUGAUGCUGGGAGAGUUCGUCGAUGAAUACACAGUUCGUGUGGUUGAUGUUUUUGCCAUGCCCCAGAGCGGUACUGGUGUCAGCGUUGAGGCCGUGGACCCUGUUUUUCAGACCAAGAUGAUGGAGAUGCUUCGGCAAACUGGACGGCCGGAGACAGUCGUUGGAUGGUACCACUCCCAUCCUGGUUUUGGCUGCUGGCUUUCGUCCGUGGACAUCAACACUCAGCAGUCAUUCGAACAGCUCACUCCCCGAGCAGUCGCAGUUGUUGUUGAUCCGAUUCAAUCCGUUAAGGGGAAGGUUGUCAUCGAUGCCUUCCGACUGAUCCAGCCUCAGACCGUUGUCAUGGGCCAGGAGCCCCGGCAAACGACAUCCAACUUGGGCCACCUGAACAAGCCAUCAAUCCAGGCGCUCAUCCACGGAUUGAACAGACAUUACUAUAGCAUCGCUAUCAACUAUCGCAAGACGGGCCUGGAGGAGAACAUGCUGAUGAACUUGCACAAGCACGUGUGGACAGAAGCAUUGCAGAUGAACGACUUCCAUGAGGAAGGCCAGCACAACGUGGAGCGGAUGAAGCAGCUAGUGAGCCUUGCUGAAGGUUACGAGAAGCGGGUCAAGGAGGAGACAGAGCUCACCAAGGACCAACUCAAGACGCGAUAUGUUGGAAAGGUUGACCCCAAGAAGCACAUUGAAGAUGUGAGCCAGCAACUGAUCGAAGACAACAUCGUUGCGGUAUCGCGGCAGAUGAUUGACAAGGAGGCUUCGGUGGCGCGUUUAUCCAGCGGAAAGGGAGCUCAAGAGGGGACGGGCAUGGAUGUGGACGAGGAACUAUAGAUACACUCCGGAGGAAGAUGAGGAAUGCCAACCGACGUUUUCCCCUAUGUUCUGGAGCUCUAUACCUGACUUCUAUGGACCGAAGAGAUGAAAUUACACAUAGAUAAAUGAUGCUUGAUAUAGUAUGAAUGGUUGAGACAAUGCGCAUCGAGAAAAUCCUUAGCCAGACGGUGUGUCACUAUUUAUUGCACUGAAUUUUGGCAGUCGGCUUCUUCAAAUUC